AGAAAGAGAGAAAGAAAGAAAGAGAAAGAGAGCAUUCUGUUUUUUCCAACUUUGCAUGGAAUGAACAUUUCUCUUUCUCUUCAUUCCCAAUUCAUUCAUUCAUCAUCCUCAUUCCUCAAUCAGUACUGUCCCUUCACUCUCAGGACUCCCGCAAAAUUUCUAUCGUAACACAAAACUCGGCUUCGCCCAAAUUGCUUCCACCCUCCCGCCCUUCCAUCCCCCCCUCCUCAACGCACCCACCUCAGGAAAUUCAUCGGCAUCAUGGGCAAGAAAGCAAAGCAAGAUAUUCCCUUGCAUAAGGUCAUUAUGGUCGGCUCUGGAGGUGUCGGAAAGUCCGCCUUGACACUUCAGUACAUGUACGGCGACUUUGUGGAAGAAUACGAUCCCACCAAGGCGGACUCAUAUCGGAAAAAGAUCUCGCUCGACAGCCACUCGUGUCAGAUCGAUAUCUUGGAUACCGCAGGCCAGGAGGAAUACGCUGCUAUCCGCGAUAAUUACUAUCGGUCAGGGGAGGGAUUCCUUUGCGUAUUCUCGAUAUGUGAGUACGAGUCCUUUGUGCACACACAAGAGUUCAGAGACCAAAUUGCUCGAGUCCUCGACGACGACAAGGUGCCAUUUAUCCUCGUCGGCAACAAGGCAGAUUUGGGACAACUCCGUAGGGUGAAUGCAGCAGAGGCCACAGAAAGGGCUGCGGGAUGGGGCUGUCAUUACAUGGAAACAUCUGCCAAGACUAGACAGAACGUAGAAGAGGUCUACACGCUUUUGUUGAGACAGAUCCAGGAGCGUAAACUCGGCAGCAAGGAUCGCGAUCGAAAGAGGAAGAAGAGAAAGUGUGUUAUCCUCUGAAGAGGCACUAGGACCAUUAACACCAUAUCAGUCCAACAGAAAACUAUUCACAACCUUCAGGUCCGAAGGAGCAUUCGAAAAAAAAAAAAAAAAAAAAA